UUAUCUUCAAUCACAUGACAUGAUUCAUUUAUUUUCUAGAAAUUCCAUCGGAUCAAUUCGGCCAUCAGAAAAUCUAGAGAUAAAUGCUUACAAACACAACUUACAUGUCUAAGUGCCAAUUUCUGAGAUUCCCAAUCUUUCGUUUAGCAUUUUCCAUUCCAAUUUCAUUUUCACAUUCUUUUCUUGAAAGAUAGCUCAGUAUGUACAAGUCGGUUCUCCGAGCUGCGCCGAGAUGCGCAUCACCGCAAACCAAAUCUGUCAUCAAUACCGCUUCUGCGAGACGAUUUUUAAGUACAGCACCACCCUCACAAAAGUCCCGGAGUUGGAAAAGUAAUGCUGCUAGAUGGGCAUUGGCUGGCGCAGGAAUAUAUUGGUAUAAUACGAGCAAUGUUUUCACGGACGAACCGGAAGGUAUGAGAAUAUUGGCAGCUGCGGGGCGAUUCUCAAGAAGGUGCUGAUUGGCAUUACAGCAAUUCAAAAACUCGAUGAAUCAAUACAUAAAGUCCGAGAAUCAGAUUUACCCACCCUAGAUGCAGUAGUUGAGGAAAAGCGAAAGCGACAAGCAGAAGCAGCGGCAGAACAGGAGAGGAAGGAACACGAGUCAGCCGCGAAAGCAGUUGUCGCAGAAGAUGGAGCCGAGGAGGAAGGGGGUAUGGAAGGAUUAGAGGAUGAAGCUGGUCAACAAGGUGCAUUUAAUCCGGAAACUGGUGAAAUCAAUUGGGAUUGUCCUUGUUUAGGAGGUAUGGCACAUGGACCUUGUGGAGAAGAGUUCAAAGCUGCGUUCAGCUGUUUUGUUUACUCUAAAGAGGAGCCAAAGGGUGUCGAAUGCAUAGAAAAGUUCAAGUGAGUUCGAAGUUUUGAUAUUUUCUGGGAGAGGCAUGACUAACAAAUAUCCAGGGGAAUGCAAGAUUGCUUCCGAGCACACCCAGAGAUGUAUGCAUCGGAGUUGGAGGAUGAUGAGGCCGAGGUAGAGGAGGAACUUAGAGCAAGAGAGGCGGCAAAUGGAUCAGAGAAAGGUUCAGAAUCAUCUACGCAAAAAUCUUCGGUAUCAAAGGAAUCUGAAGAGAAAUCUGGAGGGAAGUCCUCGGAGCCAAUAACACCAACCACACAAAAACCUACCGAGUCGAAAUCAAGUCCCCAGGAACAGAAACAUCGAGAUAGCCAAAGCAGCACAAUACCAGAGCCUACACAACAUUCGGGAGAUGAAGGAGGAGAAUUAGUACCAAGAGCUGCUCAUGAUGCUACUUCGGCAAAAUAGGUCCUAUAGACUGUAAAUUUAUUGUAACUUACUAAAUGUAAUAACAGACAAAAAGCGUCGAAGCAUUCUCCACAAUAUAUAAUCACGGAUGUCAUAGCAAUUUGGAUCUUGUUGGUUUGUAGUCUUGGAAUUUCGAUUCUUUGUUCCUCC